CUCCCACAUAGUCAGCGGUCCUUUCUAGUCUUUCUGCCCUAUAACGAACUCGACUCGAUUCUACCUUUCACCCAGUCCUCAAAUCUUGUGAUCCUUCACCACCUCAACUCUUUCUCCACGUCUCUAGAAACAACACCUGUCCUCUGUCAUCCACAAAGACUAGGCGCAGGCGCCGACAUUCCUCCCCAUUGUCAUAAGAAGCCCACUUCUCCUCUUCCUUCUCCCCGUCUCAUACCCUACUCUAUUCCGCCGACACAUCAUGUUCAACAGAAACAAUCUAUUUGGUUCCAACCAGCAGCCACAACAGCCACCCCGCGAAUCCUAUGGGCAACAGCCCUCUCCUCAACGCAGGCCACCAGGCGGCGGAGGAUAUGGUGGGCCUCCUGGUCCAUAUGACACCCCGAUGGGUGGCUAUGAUGACCCAAGAAGUCGUGGCUAUGGGGGCAAUCCAGCCCUACCCUCAAGAAAUGCUCCUCCUCGUCAGCAAGGCCAUCAGCCCAUGAGCAGUCGAGGAUCACACGGCCCUGCAUUAACACUUCAACCAACCAAGAGCCCUGACAACACCUAUACCUUUCGAAAUCUGGUGGCGGUCUCAACGCAAGAUCUCCCUAUGUCUCGAGACGGUACUGAUAUCUUUCUCCUUAUCAAUCAAAAGUAUGUGGUUUCGGCACGCCCACUAGACAACUUUCCAAGGGGUAUGAUCGGCUUAAGCGAGCCGCAGAGAUCUUGGAUGGGCGUAGCUUUGACGGAUCAGCUCACCGCUGAACCCUUUGACGCCUUCAGCCGUGGCAGCUCGGCUUAUAUUGGAUCCAUGGAUAUCGAAAUCGGUUUCGCCAGCACCAGAAAGAUUGUGGACACCCCCUAUGACCAGGAUGACUUGGCUAAGGAGGUGACAAAGCUUUUCAACAGCCAAAUGUUUGCCCCCACCCAAAGAUUCUUAAUGGAUCUCAAAAGUAUACCGCUCAAUCUCGUCGUCAAGACUGUUCAGUUGGCCGAACUCAGCGAGAAGGCUGGUGCUGCCGCAGCCCCGACAACCACGGAUCCUCAAGCACGUGGUAUUCUCACCCCGCAGACCCAGAUCAAUUUCUUCAAGGACACAAAGACAGCCAUCAACCUCAAGGCUUCUUCAAGACGCCCUGCUGCCAAUUCAAUCAUUGCUCCCGAUUUCAAGUUUGAGGACAUGGGCAUCGGUGGCCUGGAUUCGGAAUUUGCAGUCAUCUUCCGCAGAGCCUUUGCCAGUCGUGUCUUCCCACCAGGUCUUGUCGAAAAGUUGGGCAUCCAGCAUGUCAAAGGCAUCCUUUUGUACGGACCUCCCGGCACCGGCAAAACUUUGAUUGCUCGUCAGAUUGGAAAGAUGCUCAACGCUCGUGAGCCCAAGGUCAUAAACGGCCCUGAAGUACUCAAUAAGUAUGUUGGUCAAUCGGAAGAGAAUGUUCGCAAACUUUUUGCCGAUGCAGAAAAGGAAUACAAGGAGAAGGGCGACGAGUCUGGUCUUCAUAUUAUCAUCUUUGAUGAACUGGAUGCCGUUUGCAAGCAGAGAGGUAGUGGAGCUGGGGGCGGCACAGGUGUCGGGGAUAGUGUCGUCAAUCAACUCUUGUCAAAACUCGAUGGCGUUGACCAGCUCAACAACAUCCUCCUUAUUGGCAUGACAAAUCGAAAAGACAUGAUCGAUGACGCUCUGCUGCGGCCCGGUCGACUCGAGCUUCAUGUUGAGAUAUCACUGCCUGAUGAGCAUGGUCGAGUCCAAAUUCUGAAGAUUCAUACUCAGAAAAUCAGAAAUGAGAAUCGACUGGACCCUGAUGUCGAUAUCAACGACCUAGCGACCAAAACCAAAAACUUCUCUGGCGCAGAGAUUGGUGGACUUGUUAGAUCCGCCACCUCUUUUGCACUCAAUCGCCAUGUCAAGGUUGGCACCAUGGCUGGCAUUUCCGACGACGUCAAUGAAUUGGUUGUCAAGAAAGAAGACUUUGACCGUGCCUUGGAAGAAGUGAAGCCUGCCUUUGGCGUGUCGGAAGGCGAGCUGACUGCCUGCCUGCGAGGAGGCAUCAUUCAUUUCUCCCCCUAUGUCAAGGAAGUUCUCGAAGAAGGUAAAUUGUUUGUGGAGCAGGUAAGAAACCCACAGUCGACUCCUUUCUUCUCGGUGUGCCUCCAUGGCCCGCCCGGGUCGGGCAAGACAGCUCUAGCAGCCAAGAUCGCUAUCGACUCGGGGUAUCCAUUCAUCAAGCUGGUGAGCAAUAAAGACACCUUGGAAAUGAGCGAACACCAGAAGAUCUCCUACCUGAGCCGCAUAUUCAUGGACGCCCAUAAGAGUACAGCAAGCGCCGUCGUCAUUGAUGACAUUGAGGAGUUUUGCGAAUGGACGCCUAUUGGGCCUCGAUUCAGUAACCCCAUCCUGAAGACCCUCAUCGCCUUACUGAGAAAGGAGCCCCCACCAGGGAGGAGUCUUCUCAUUCUUGCAACUGCCGCCGAAAGGACAACGCUUCAGCAACUUGACUUCUGGCGCCACUUCAAUGCAGACAUUCCGAUCGCAAAUGUCCGUACUUAUGAUGAGUUGGCGUACGUCAUGAAGGAUUCCAAAGCUUUCAGCUCAAAUGACGUAUCUCGAGCAAUUGCAGAGAUCAAGGACAUCACACGUAGUGAAGAGGUCGGUGUCGGCAUCAAGCCUGUCCUUCAAGCCAUUGAAACAGCUAAAUUCGACACGGACAUGGUUUCGAGGUUCGCAAACACACUCUCCAGAGCCAUUGCAGAGAGGGGAUCUUCCUACCGCUAGGCAAUGAUGAGAGUUUCAUGUCUGCUACUAUCCCACGCAGGAAUCCAAGUCGCCUGAAGAUGGAAGUACGCAAUUAGUCUUUCCAGCCCAUUCGCUAUGAAGCCGCUCUCCUCCUUUGCCGUCUUCUGCUUUGGCCAUGGCUUGAAAGGUUGUCCCAAUAUGGGAAGAGAGGAGGCCUGACGGCACAUACACUAAGGUGCAAAGGCAACCUUUCCUAUGCGUUUAGCAAGGCGUUCCUGUUGUCGAUGAUGAAACACAUGGAACAGAGAUGUGUUUAUACAUAUAGAUAUAUAAACAUGGAGCGGGUGAUUGAAACCCCCAUCCACAAUGAAUGGAUUACGCAGCGCCCGAGU